AUUCACUCCAACGACGCUGGCAGUAACUACCUCUUAUCUGAUUUUUCGUCAUCAUUGGCUUCUUUCUCUCUUUUCAUUACCUUUUCUUGUCAAAAACAUGAAAAAUUUGAUUAAUAUAUGUCCGCGUCCAUCAACAUCAAAUCAUUUUUCAAAUAUUUCCUUGUCAUCAUCAGAGCCGCCUCCUCCAAGGAAGGACUGCCGAAUUUGCUUUGAAAAAGGCCACGGCUACCAUUUUGGAGUGUUCUCUUGCAGAGCUUGUGCUGCUUUUUUCCGACGUUGCCACUUCCUAAAAGAAAACCGUCGUAGAUGUCGGCUAUCCAAAGGAAAAUGUGGACCGAAUAAAAAUGGAAAAUGGUUUUGUAAAACUUGCCGAUUGGAAAGGUGCUUUCGAUUGGGGAUGACUCCUUCAAAUAUCCAAUAUGACAGAGACGCCUAUAAAUCAUCGGUGAAAAAAAUAAAAGACAGUGCUGAAAACAUCACCGAGCCAAAACGUGAUGCCACCUCACUCAUAUUAAUCAAUAAAACCUCUCAAGUCCUUCCAUAUGUGGAUCUAUCACAACUGGUUAAUAAGGCAACUCGCAUGCUUUUAAAUCCAAUUUUCACCAAAAAAACUAAAAAAAUGAGCAACUUGGAGCAACUGACUCAUGGGCUCAUCGAGCUUCAGUGGUCACAAAAAGACAAUUUAGCAGAGGUUGUACAUCUAUCUGUGAGUGAUGUCACACAAGAUAUGGAAAGAUCCAUGUUUGGAGCUGCAAAAUGGAUGAUGUGUUCCGAACGAAUCAGGAACUAUCAAGACUCGUUAAAAAUUAGAAUACUGCAAGCAAUCUGGUACACUUGGGGACGUCUCGAACGGAUUGCCACUACGGCAAAAUUGAGAUUAGAGAAAAAAUGCGAAGAAAAGCAUUUUGUGUUCUCCCCAAUGUUUGCACUGAAUUUGGAUGAAAUGUCUUUUGAUGCUAGCUGCUGGACAACUCUCCCGUUUGAAGAAAUGCAAUAUUUCUAUGUUCCUAGAGAGCUGUUCUACGAAGAUGCCGUAUUGGAAAUGAUGGAAGUGAAGCCAAAUGACGUGGAGACGACAUUUAUCAUUUGCAGUAUUUGCUUUCACUUGACUGGCAAACGAUUCGGUGGCGAAAUCCAAGAAAAGAUGGACCACUUACAAGACGUUUUAUCAAACGACCUUCACGAGUAUUACCUGAAAAACAAAAACUCCAUGUACCUUCGGAGGCUAAAACAGUUAAUGAGAAUCAAAGAGAAUUUUCUGAAGCUGAGAAGUGCUCGAAUGGAUAAAUAUGAAAUUGGCGGAUUUUUCAACUCAUUCAACCCACGAAUUUCAAACCCGGAGUUUUUUGAGGUGUUAUCUUAACUGUAUUUUCGAUGUGAAGUUGUAGUACUAUUAUUGUGUGCAACAUUUUUUAUACAAGGAAAACAUCAGUCAAAUAUGUUUU